CACUUCCAAUUGUCAAGUAUAAGCAAACCCCAAACAAAAGCAAAAUGUUCAAAUUCGUAACUUUCGUUCUUGUCGCUCUCGUUGCAUGCGCAUCAGCGAAACCCGGUGUUGUGGCACCAUUAGCCGCCGCUCCUCUGGCCUACGCAAACGCUCCACUGUAUGCCGCUGGCGGCAGCAGCCAAAUCGACGUACGCAACAACUAUGAUGGCACACUUUCCUCAUACACCACAACACCUUUCCAGUAUUCCGGCCCCUUCGCCAGUCGUUAUGUCUCUGGUGUCCCAGCUGCUUAUGCCGCCGCUGCGCCAGUUUUGGCUAAAUAUGCUGCGCCAGCCGUCUUAGCCGCCCGCGCCCCUCUGGCUGCCUUGCCCGCACCUUUCGCCGCUGCGCCAGCUCCUUUAGCUGCUCUGCCCGCACCUUUCGCCGCUGCGCCAGCUCCUUUAACUGCUCUGCCCGCACCUUUGGCCGCCGCACCAUUCGCCGCACCCUUCCACGCUGCUUACGCCGCUGCCCCAGCUCCCUAUGCGUGGUAAAGAGGGUGGAAUAGGUAGGAAGUAACGAAAACUGACGGCAUUUUGCUUGCAAGUUGCUGAAACUUGAACUGAUUAAUCUGUUAAAGUAAAAAUAAAAACAAUUUAGAAACAAA